GAAGAGUAGCGGAGGCUGGCUGUCAUUGUGCUGAAGAUAAACGUCACGACGCGGUUGCUCUAGCAAGGACCGUGGUAUAAAAUGCACGCCUACGUCGAUUUAUUUUUUAUGUCACGCGUCUGGAUGUUUAUCAAACACUGCAUCCUGCGCACAUGAUUCCGGUAUUGCGUUUUCACCGCUGAUAUUCACUCGGUACCGCGGACACCCGUCUGCGCUGUCCCCUCCAGCAACAUGUCCAGCGUUAAUCUCAUUUUUUGGGACCAGUUGCAAGCCGGUAGUUCGGACGUGGACUGGUGUGAAGGCAAUUACCUUAUUUAUCCAAGCAUUGCGGAAUUUUACAACACGAUCAGCAACAUAUUGUUUUUUGUUUUGCCGCCUUUAUUAAUGUGCUUAUUCCGCCAAUACGCAACCCAUUUCAACAGUGGGAUAUAUCUAAUAUGGAGUCUUCUAGUGGUUGUUGGGAUCGGAUCCACAUACUUCCAUGCCACUCUGAGCUUUCUGGGCCAGAUGCUGGAUGAGCUGGCCAUUCUGUGGGUGCUGAUGUGUGCCAUAGCAAUGUGGUUCCCCAAGCGAUACCUCCCCAGGAUGUUUAGGAAGGACCGGACGAGGUUCAAGGUGGUGGUUGGCAUCUUGUCGGGCAUCACCACUGGGCUGGCCUUCGUAAAACCCGUGGUCAACGCCCUGUCCCUGAUGACUCUGGGCAUCCCUUGCACUGUGCUGCUCAUCACCGAGCUAAGGAGGUGUGAGAACCUGAGGGUCUUCAAGCUGGGCCUGGUCUCUGGGUUCUGGUGGGCCCUGGCGCUGCUGUGCUGGCUCAGUGACAGGAUAUUCUGUGACAUGUGGUCGUCUGUCAACUUCCCCUACCUGCACUGCGCCUGGCACAUCCUGAUCUGUCUGGCCUCCUAUCUGGGGUGCGUUUGUUUCGCCUACUUUGAUGUGGCCACCGAGGCGCCUGAGCGGGGGCCCGUCAUCAUGUUCUGGCCUAAUGAGAGCUGGGCUUUCAUAGGCGUCCCCUACGUCAGCUUCCUCUGCGUCCAAAGGAAGUCAGCCAUCAAGGUGACAUGAGCUGUGAACCCACAGCAGGCAAAUGUUCACACAAAGCAAGUCCUCACAGGACAAAAGUCCUCGCAGUACACAAGUAUUCACCCGAAGCAAGUUCUCACAGGACACAAGACCUCACAAGACCCAAGUCACAAGAAGCAAGUCUUCACAAACCCAAGUCCUAAAAAGACAUCAGUCUUCUUGACCUGAUAAAAUGGAGUGAAGCGGCGGGCUGAAACAGGCGCAGGGAAUUAGUUAUGCACCAUACACCCUUGAAUAGGAUUGGAUGUUGUAAGAGAUAUGUAUAUGGCCUGUACUAAUGAUUUAACCCCUAGGCCUGUUUUCCUUAUUCCUUGUAUGACGAACAGUACCAUUAAUGCAAUCUGCUGCCAAAGCACAAGAGCUACACCAGGAUCGUCCGUAUUGAACAUAAAAAGGUUUAUCAGACCUGAGAAGUGCACACUGUGAGUUGAGGGCACGUAUGGGAAAUCAUGUGUUCUGGUUAGAAAUAGAAGAAGGUGAAAUCAGGAGAUAAUUCAGGUCAAUCUCCUGCAUGGUAUGAACCGCCAUUUUGAUAUUCCUGUAGCAUCCAAUUGAUGCACUUUAAUGAUUGUGGAAUCCUGAUCAGGUCAAUUCUGACUUAACAUUGUAUUGAUUAACCCCCCCAAAAGUGUUAGUUCUAUACUUCUGCAAAUGUUUCUUUAAUUAUAGAUCUAUAGUUUUAACAGUAUUUCAAGUCUACGCUCAGAGGAGAAUCAUGAUUCUUGUUUCCUUUUGUCUGUAUUUGUGUGUGACUACAAGGGAACAUUUCUGCUUUAAGAAAAAAUCAUCAGGUCUGGUGCUUGUGUAGCUGCCGACUCACGCUUGAUGAAAUACUUGCUGGUAGUAUUUCAUAUGUUUAUUUAAGAUAUAUCUGUAUAUUCUAUAUUUUUGUCAAGGUUUGUAUGUUCAUUAUUGGUACUUUUUUUUUUUUACAAUGCUCCAAAACUAGCAUUGUGAGUUGUAAAAAAAAUACCAAAACAAUUAUUAGCUGUUCAUAAGUUAGUCAGGGUAUAACUGUCUUUCGAGAAGAUUUAAUCAAGUUUUAUUUCUGAACAAUGUGGAGAUGUUAAUCAUGCAUGUAUUAAAGUUUUCUAAUAACCAUAUUUAUGCAAUACUUUAUAAUGAAGGAUUCCUUCAUUAAUACUAAUUCUAUAUUUUUUAAGCAUCUCACCUAGGUCACAUUCAUGUUUGUAUCUGCAACCAUGGGUUUUGUAACAGGAGGGGCAAAAUAUCGUUAAAGGCACCCAGUGCAACUUUAUGUAAACAUUCAAUGAAAAAUAAACAUUCAAUUUCUAGUCUUUUUUACACGUAGUAAGUUUCAAUAACUCCAUACCAUUACAUACCGA